AUGUAUAGCGAGUUUCUCAUCACCCUAGCCUUUUGUUGGGUUACUCCUGCCCUUGCUUCCCCUAUCCUUGAGCAACGGGCCCUUGACCCAACUACUGUUCUGAACCAUGCCAUUUCAACUACCCUUCAGCAACGGGCCGUUGACCCAACUACUGUUCUGAAACAGGCCAUUCCAACUACCCUUCAGCAACGGGCCGUUGAGCCAACUACUGUUCUGAAACAGGACAUUAAUCCAACUACCCUUCAGCAACGGGACAUUGCUUCAAGUACUGGAGCGCCUGGCUCUACUCCAACCAACCGUGCUUUGCGCUCAGAAGCGAGUGCUCUCUAA